GAGAUCGCGCCACGCUGCUCUCCGGCCUGCCGCGCGCGUCGGGGAUCCAUCGUCUUGGCACGCGCUUCCGCUCGUCCGCGCCGGGGUCGUCUCGCCAUGGCCACAGCCAUCACGUUCUCCGGCGCCCACCUCCCAGCCUCCGCUCCUCGCGCGCCGCGUCCCCGGCGCGUGCUCGUGUCGGGAUCCCGCGCUCGUUUCCCGCGCCUCUGCCGCCGAUCGAUGGACGUCUCUGCCGCGGCAGCAGCAGGGGCUGCUUCUACCCCUUCUGCGCCCGACGCUGGCGAUAGCCCCGUGUGGGAUGCCCUCGAUGGUGUCUCCGUCUUCUCCGCAGGAACCGGCGACGCCGUCCCGCUCAGGGACCUCUGGGACCCAGCAUCGGGGGUUGCCGUGGUCGCGCUGCUGAGGCAUUUCGGAUGCUUCUGCUGCUGGGAGCUGGCCUCUGAUCUGAAGAAAUCAAUGGCAAAAUUCGAUUCCGCGGGAGCUAAGUUGAUCGCCAUCGGCGUCGGCACUUCUGAUAAAGCUCGCAUACUCGCUGACGGGCUGCCGUUUCCUUUGGACAACCUGUACGCUGACCCCGAGCGCAAGGCUUACAACGUCUUGGGACUGUACCACGGUUUGGGUCGGACACUCUUCAGUCCAGCUAGUGCUAAAAUAUACUCGAGGCUGGACUCCAUCAAGGAGGCAACCAAGAACUACACGCUGCAAGGCACGCCGGCUGACCUGACGGGCGUCAUGCAGCAGGGCGGGAUGUUCGUGUUUAGAGGGAAAGAACUGCUGUACGCGUGGAGAGAUGAAGGGACAGGCGAUCAUGCACCUCUCGAUGACGUCCUCGGCGUCUGCUGCAAAGCUCCGGUUUAUUAAUUGACGGUUUGUCUGUAGGAGACGUAGUGUAUCGUAAUGCUGAUCAUCGUGCCAUCAGCUGUGUAAUACAUCUACAGGAAGGGAGAGACGACACGACACGUGUGCAUCAUGAUUAGUCAAUGACGCAGUAUAUAUGUUGCUGCC